CGCUUCUCUCGAGUCCUCAAUCCAUCCUCCGGCUGUUCCCUCCCAGCGACGAAACCCUAGCCCGUCACCUCGACGCCUAGCCCGCCACCUUGCCGCCCGUCGCUGCAGGUUUAUGGCGCCUGUGUGAUCGGAUCAGCAGUCCGCUCCGUCUCCCUCGGCCCACGCAUCUGAUGUUCCUCUCCCGCAUCGUACUCCGCGACCUGGAUUCCAUCGACUCUCCGGCCUCCAUGGCGUCCUCGAAGAAGGUUGUGACCCGUGACGAGUGGGAGCUGAAGCUCCGCGACGUCAAGAUCCGCAAGGAGGACAUGAACCGCCUCGUCAUGAACUUCCUCGUCACCGAGGGCUUCGUCGACGCCGCCGACAAGUUUCGCAUCGAGUCCGGCACCCAGCCGGAGAUUGACCUAGCGACCAUCACUGAUCGAAUGGAGGUUAAGAGAGCAGUACAGUCGGGUAAUGUUCAGGAGGCGAUCGAGAAAAUCAACGACCUUAACCCCACGAUUUUGGACACGAAUCCCCAACUAUACUUUCAUCUCCAGCAACAGAAACUAAUAGAGUUGAUUCGCGUGGGAAAAAUAAAUGAAGCUUUGGAGUUCGCUCAAGAAGAACUUGCACCGAGAGGCGAAGAAAAUCAAACAUUUCUCGAGGAAAUAGAAAAAACUGUAGCACUACUGGUUUUUGAAGAUGUAAAAAAUUGCCCUUAUGGGGAACUAUUGGAUGUUUCUCAACGUUUGAAGACUGCAAGUGAAGUUAAUGCUGCUAUUCUUACAAGCCAAAGCCAUGAGAAAGAUCCGAAGCUUCCAAGCUUGUUAAAGAUGUUGAAAUGGACCCAAAAUCAACUGGACGAAAAGGCGGCUUAUCCUCGAAUCAACGAUUUCACCACUGCCGCGCUGGAAGAUCCAUCGAUAUGAAUCUGCUGUGAAGGAACUGAGGGUAUGCACCAAGCCUGCCUGGUGCCUACACGUGGUUGCCCCGGAUCUGUCAAUAGAUCAUCGUCUGCAGCGAUUGAGUUCACCCCUUGCACUAGUGUUUAAGAUCAAUGCAAGCAAUUGAUCCGAAAACAUCACCUGUGUUCUACCUGUACAUGAUGUAGAAGACAUGUUUGAAACCUUUUUAAGUUAGUGAAAUGUUGGAUUUUUUUCAUGGACAUAUAUUCGUUUCAAACCUGUGGUACUUGCAACACGCAAAUUGUUUCAGUC